UAUUUGAAAGGACCGGAAGUGCCCCCGGAGGAGUCCCGGGAGCUGGAUUUAAAAGGAGGCAGCGCGUCAGGGAUGGCGACCAAGCGGCUGGCCGGGCAGCUUGGAUUGAUUAGGAGAAAAUCAAUUGCACCAGCAAAUGGGAAUCUAGGAAGAAGCAAAUCCAAGCAGUUGUAUGACUACUUAAUUGUCAUUGAUUUUGAGUCUACAUGCUGGAAUGAUGGGAAGCACCAUAAUAGCCAGGAAAUAAUUGAAUUUCCAGCAGUCUUGCUAAACACAUCAACUGGAAGGAUUGAAUCCGAAUUUCAUGCUUAUGUUCAGCCCCAAGAACAUCCAGUUCUUUCUGAAUUUUGCAUGGAAUUGACAGGCAUAAAGCAGGCUCAAGUUGAUGAUGGAGCUCCUCUGAAAAUUUGUUUAUCUCAAUUCUGUAAGUGGAUCAAUACGAUUCAACAACAGAAGAAAAUUACAUUUGCGACUGGAGUUUCUGAACCUUCUGCUUCUGAAGUAAAAUUAUGUGCAUUUGUUACUUGGUCAGACUGGGACUUGGGAGUUUGCCUAGAGUAUGAGUGUAAAAGAAAGCAACUUUUAAAACCUUUGUUUUUAAAUUAUUGGAUUGAUCUCAGAGCAACUUACAAGCUUUUCUACAGGAGAAAACCAAAAGGACUAAGUGGUGCCUUGCAAGAAGUGGGAAUAGAAUUCUCAGGAAGGGAACAUUCUGGGUUAGAUGAUUCCCGGAAUACUGCUCUUCUUGCUUGGAAAAUGAUCAGGGAUGGCUGUCUAAUGAAAAUUACAAGGACCAUCCAUAAGGUUCCUACUAAGAAGAAUUCCAACAUUUCGGCCAGAAAUGUCAAUAUAAAUCAAGUUGAAGAAACAUCUACUUACAACAUUUGCACCCAUGGUCCUAGCAUAUAUGAAAAGAAUCCUAAAAAUACAACAAAUGUCCAUGAAAAAGUUCAAAUAAGCUCAGUUUGUGUGAAUUCCCAUAUAAAGGCACAGAAGGAUCAAUUACAAGUAAAGAGUCAUAUAAAAGCAGAUCUUCAAAAUGCCAAAAGUUGCUUACCUCUUUGUGAUACUAAACCCUCUACUUCUUUGGGACAAUUACUAUCUCCUACCUUGAAUUCACCUCUCUACAUACAGAAGCAAAGAAAAAGUGUCCAUUUUGCAUUUAAUGCCAAAUCUAACUCUUCCACAUUGGGACCUGAAUUGAUACGUGUUGCCACUACCAUUCCAUCUGUUGUUAAUCAUGUUUCUGAUAAGGAAAUGAGUUCUGCUCUUGACUGUUUACCUAUGUUGGUUGAUUGGGAAGAUGCAGUUUUACUGCCAGCAUCUCAGCCUGAGCAAAAUAAAGAUUGUACGCCUCCUAUUGAUGAUACAAACUUAGACAUUUUAUUUAAUUCUGGAGAAAGACUAGUGGAUUUAAAUGAAUCAGAAAUGUUAAGUCAUGAAAACUUCAGAGACAGUAAAGAACCUCCUGAAAAAAUUGAGACCUCUAAGUCUGUUGUGUAUAAGAGCCUUCACACUACCAUUUAUAACGUAAAAGAAUCCAAACAUUUAGAUUCAGAUGUUUCUGCCUUUAAAUUACCUGAACACAAAUCAUGUGCCUUCAAUAAUGUUCAUGCCAGUGUAUCGAAUCCGAUGGUUUUGAGAAAACAUGCUCUUGUUUUAGAUAGUACUAAAAGGAACUCAUCUAGUUCCCCAUCUUUCCCACCAGCAAAAAAACAGACUUUCACUAUUCAUGAAGAAAAAUCUAUGUCAUCUGAUAGCUCCCCCAUAAGGAGUCCUUCCUGGAACAUUCUCCCCUCUAUAUUAACAUCUACAGUUAAUGUAAAAGAGCCUUGGAAGAGUACAAAAAUGACACCUCCCUUAUGCAAGUGUGGCCGAAGAUCUAAGAGACUUGUUGUUUCUAAUAAUGGACCAAACCAUGGAAAAGUCUUCUAUUGUUGCCCUAUUGGAAAACACCAAGAAAACAGAAAGUGUUGUGGUUAUUUUAAAUGGGAACAAGCACUUCAAAAGGAAAGAGCCAGCAGCAUUGUUCUGUCUCAUUCCACAGGGGAACUCACUUUUCAUUCUCCAGAAACAAGACAUACACAUGACAGAAAUUUAAGUUUUUCUACUAAAAAUUCUUUGAAACUCAGGCCUUCAAUGAGAAAUUGACAAAAUUUCUUUACAUCUGAAGUAUAUUUUUACUUUUCAUAUAAAUUCUAUUUGACUUUUCGCAUAGGAAAGAUAAAAAGUACAGGGUUAUAAGAUAGCAUAUCUGAGCUCUAUACACACAUACUAACUAAAAAGAGAAAAUAACUGUCAGAACUUUUCCCUUCACCAAAUUAUUUACCAAUUGUCUUCUGUUUAUAUGUGUGUGACUCCUAAUUGUUCCUUAAAUUCCAAAACAUGAGUAUCCUAAUACCUUGUAUAAUUUUAUUUAUAUUUUAUUAUACUUGUUUUAAAGAACUGUAAAUAAAUAUUUCUGUAAACUGUAUUUAUUAGGUUAAGUAUAAUUAAGCAAUAGUAGUACAUGAUACCUUUUCUAGUUAACCUUGAAACAAAUUUUAAAUUUUUUGAAUGAAAAUUUGAUGAAUAAAAAUCCCUAUUUUCAGGAAUACACUGAGAAUUAUAAGCUUAUGAAAUUGUUUAUUUUUCUAGAAACUUGUAUUAAGUUUUAUUUCAAGGCUUAAAGAUUAAUCUGUUUAUCAACAUACUUGAACAAUUAAGGUCUAAAAAACAAAUGGAUCAGAGAUUUGAUUUGGAAACGGUUUCUGUGUUCUAGAUUUUACAAUUCUAGGCUGGCUGCUGAUGGCUCAUUGGAAGGUGGAAAUAGGGAAGCUUGUAGAUUGAGGUCAGCCUGGACAAAAAGUUCAAGAUCUCAAUCUUAACCAAUAGCUUGGCACAGGUGUAUAUGUGUGUGUGGAGGGGUGGGGGGCGUGCCUGAUGGGGUUCUGCAAUCAGGAGAAUGGUUCCAAGUCAGCCCAAACACAACUGUUUACACCCCAUCCCAACAGAAAAGCUAGAUAUAGUGGAUGUGCCAGCCAUCCCAAUGAGAGUGGGAAGGACAAAUAGGAAUAUUGUGGUCCAGAUCAGUCCAGGCAAAAAUGGAGACCCUGUCUUAAAUUGUCAGAGCAAAAAGGGAUAGAGUAUGGCUCAAGUGAGAGAGUGCCUGUCCAGUAAGCAUAAAGCUUUUAAUUUAAGCCCUAAUACACCACACACACACACACACAAUUCCUCUGUGAUCUUUUUUUUGUCACCAAACUACAGGAACAUUGACACUAAUGCAAAAGGAUUUAGUGGGUGCUGAUUUACAAAUGCAGCCUCUGGUAUCAAAA